AACGUUCGAGUUUCUGUUCUGCACACCUUUCGUCGUUUGUGUUCGGUGGGAAAUGACGGACAGUUCGUGACCCAAUUUUGCACGGCGAGAAAGAGGAAAGUUGAGGUACUGGAACCGUCGAACAUGUCCUGCAACUUUGACAGAGCAGAUGACUCGCACGAUCGCGGCCAGGCAAUCUAAACAUUUGGGAACAAGUGACUCGAAUGAUGUGCGCGGUGUGUCAUAACAUGACAGGUAUCCACAGCUGUCAGUGUUCCCGAUGAAACGGCGAUAUCUACGUGCGCUUAUUCGUGAGAAUGUACGGUUUGGCAGAGGAGGAAGUGUCUCUGUGUAAACGAUAAGUUUUCUUGAACAAAGCGUACACAUCUUUACUGAUAAAGUUUCGAUAGAUAUGGAAUCGUUUUUGCAAUUAUUUGACCCACAAGACGAUAAAAAUAUAAGGAAGAGGCAGUGGGAUGAUUCCGAAAAUGAUGAGGGUAACGGACUGUCUGACUGUGAGACCUCUAGUGGUGAUGAAGACCAAGAGGACUGCCUGCCACCAGAGCCUGAACAAGGAAACGUAGAGUACAAAUUAAAAUUGAUAAACCCAUCUAGUCAGCGUUUCGAACAUCUCGUCACUCAGAUGAAAUGGAGACUAAGGGAGGGGCAAGGAGAGGCGAUUUAUCGAAUCGGAGUGGAGGAUAACGGGAGGCUAGCCGGUUUGACAAAAGAGGAAAUGAAGGCCUCCUUGAAGACGCUGAAGGAUAUGGCUUCCAGACUAGGCGCUACCAUGAGAGUAUUACGCGAGCGAGUAACCACGAGUUCUGCAAGCAAGAACCUGACGUCGCAACGCAAUAGUAAUAAUAACAACGAGGAGAAGAAAGUCGCGGAAGUUUUGGUGAAGAAAUUACGAAAGGACGACAGGGAGGACCAGGACAGUAUCGUAGAUCUGAGACUAGCGGUUACCGGUGCGCAGGACGCCGGGAAAUCGACUCUCUUAGGGGUGCUGACGCAGGGUGAGUUGGACAAUGGUAGGGGUAGGGCUAGGCUCAACAUGUUGCGUCAUCUGCACGAGAUAAAGACGGGUCGCACGUCCUCGAUAUCGCACGAGAUCAUUGGGUUCGAUAGCGCUGGUCACGUCCUGAACUACGCCGAAAUGGCCACGGCCGAAGAGAUCUGCGAACAUGCAGCGAAGGUCGUCACGUUUAUCGACUUGGCGGGACACCGAAAGUAUCUGAGGACAACGGUGCUCGGGCUCACAGGAUAUUCGCCACACCACGUCAUGCUAGUGGUAGCGCCGCCUCUGAACGACGCGUCGCAGGAACACAUGGCUCUCUGUUUAGCGUUAAAACUUCCCGUUUUCAUUGUCGUGAAUAAAAUCGACUUGGGAUUCUGCGGCACGUCCGAGACUCUAGUUCAACUCGAGAACGCUAUGAGGACGCAGGGCUAUUCCAAGAAACUCGUACCGUUUAGCAGUAAUGACGUACCGUCAUGGGAUUACACGUCUGAUGUGAUACCAGUAUUUAGCGUUAGUUGCGUCACCGGGGAGGGUCUCGAGGAACUAACGAUGUUCAUCAAAAAUUUGGCACCUUACGAGACGGAUUCGAUCGACUCGGAUCCGGAAUCGUGUCUGUUUCAAAUUGACGAGACAUUUAGGGUAGCAGGUCUGACGCAACCUGUUUUAGGAGGAUUACUCGUUAAAGGGGCAAUCGCACCGGGAACCCGUUUAUUGGUGGGACCGUUGCCGGACGGAGAGUUCAGUCCUGUGAAAGUAGUUAGUCUACAUCGUAAUAAGGCUCCGUGCUGUUUGGUCAGAGCAUCGCAGAGUGCCAGUUUGACCUUGGCACCGCCAACGAAUCGUAGCCCUCCCCUGCCGCACCUUAGACCAGGGAUGGUUCUGGUUUCGCUGCGCGAUCGGCCACACGCGACACUUUUCUUUCAGGCAACGGUAUUAAUAGUGUAUCACGCGACCGCGAUAUUUUCUGGUUUUCAAACGACGGUGCACGUGGGUAACGUGAGGCAGACCUGCGUCAUCGAGGGCAUAAUGCACGCGCAAGAGCGAGGCCUGCAGACGAACGACACCGCUUCCGUGCUGUUCAGAUUCGUCAGUCAUCCGGAAUACCUGCACGUCGGGAUGCGACUGUUGCUCAGAGAGGGGCGCACCAAGGGAAUCGGUAAAAUCACGCAGAUUUUCCCGCUGAUCGGUUCGCAGAGCUCGAUUAAAUAAAGAAUAUUAAUAUUAAUGGUGCAAUGUAAGAUAACAUUCGGAUACGUCGUUUUCUAGUAUUUAUGUAACUUAAAGAGAGAGAGAGAAGAGGAAAAAAUGCAUAAAUGUUUUCUAAAAGUAGUCUCGUGUCGCGCUUGUUGACAUUACUGGCAUCGAUGAUGUAUAAUAGUUGCGUUUGUUCGUCAUGCAUGCACUUAAUGUGCGAUCCCGUUUUACAGCAGAGCGUAUUGACACUGAAAGAUAGAAUUUUUAGUUUUGCGUUACUACGAAGUCGAGAAUUUUACUAGGAGGUGAUUAAACGAGCAACAUAAGGAGAGUGCAUUCUCCUACAGGGGCGUAUAGCUGGGAGCUUUCUGGAGGUGUAAAUAGGUUGUAAAGCCCGUAUCAGACUACGUAUUGGAGAUUGGAAUUUCACCGAUCAGAACAAAGCAAUCUUUGUCUGCUUUGUUUUGAUUGAUCAAAUUCCAAUCUCCAAUACGUAGUCUGAUACGGGUUUAAUGUACAUUCAUUUAGAAAAAUUAUACCUUCACAAUCUUUUUGUAUAUACUUGUGUAUGAAAGUGUGUGUAGAAGACAAAAAAUUUCAUUUGGUUGACUCAAAAGCAUCGUUUUUUUACGCUGCAUUAUCGCUACGCCUUUGAUAAUACACAUCAGAGUGCACGUGACUUGUAGAGCGCACACACAGCUUGGUUUAUAUUAAAUCUUCCGCACAAUUUUCUUUAUGUACUUCAUACAAUUCGUUAGAUCUGUAAUUUUCAAGCUCAUUAACGCGCUUAUCAAAGUGCAUUACACACAUGUACUUAGAAGUAUAAAGGAAAUGUUAUAAAUACGAACGAGGUUCAUUUCUGUUCUGUACUGAUUGCAGCUUUAAAAUAAAAUCUGAUAAUAAGCU